CAGGGCUGGAGGGUGGGUGGCUGGUAGACUUCCCCAAUCCCAGCCUAGGCGGGGGACUGGGUGCCCCUGGCCUCUACUACAGAACCUGGGGGCUGGGCAACAGGCAGGCAGGACAGGGCCUGGAGCCGGUCCAGGAAAGAGCUAAUGAUCAACCGGCUGCGGUGUCUGUGCAGCCGUGCUGGGCCUGCCUCUCCGUCACCGGCCCUCAGGCGCAGGGAGGAAGUAGGGCAGGAAGCAGGGGGCGGAGGCCGCUGUGCAGUCAGCCCGGCUGUGGGCGGCACCUGCCUGCUCCGUCCAGCUGGAGACAGCCCUGUGGGGCCAGCUAGCGCUGGGCCAGGAGUGGCCACCUGGUGCCUGCGUGCUUCGGUCCUGUGGGCCUGGGAGCUGCCCCCGAGGAGCACGCCGCAGGGGCAUGGUGGUGCCUCGCUCCUCCAGGUGAGCCAAGGAUGCUGUGAGCACCCUGGAUGGCCAUAAUUAUGUGACUGUCGACACCGUUGUGACAGCGAUGACAACUGUGUCCCGUGUCGGGCGCUGGGCCAGCAUUUUACGCAUGGAGACAUCACUCACUCUUCUAGCAACAUGAAUGAGGAUGGCCGCACAACACAGAAGAGGAAGGCAGGGCCCAGGAGUGCACGGGUGCGCCGGUUUCCCGUGCUGCCAAAGCGCAUGACAGAGCCCUCUUGGUCAUGUUCUCUCGCAGCUCUGGAGGUCGGAAUUCCGAACUCAAGGUGUCCCUCAGAAGGCUCCUGGGGCGGCUCCUCCCUGCCUCUUCCGGCUCCUUGUGGCUCCGGGUGCUCCUUGGCUGUGAUUACAUCAGUCCACUCUCCGCCCUGGUGGUCAUGUGGCCUCCUCUCCGGUUCCUCUGUGUGCCUCUGCGUCUUCUGUUUUACUCACAGGGACACCAGGCACUGGAUUUAGGGCCAUCCUCAUCUGGAACACCCUCAUCUUAAGUAAAGGUCACUUCAUCUGCACAGACCAUUUCCAAAUAAGGCCCCAUUCUGAGGUUCCCGUGGGCAUGAAUUUUGAAAGGAGAGUGUCACUCCAGGAUGCGAGGUGACAAGUCAACCCUCCAGAGGUGCUUGGUGGCAUAGGCGAUGGAGCACUGUCCCGGGAGCGCGGUCUGUCAGGCAUGACGGCCCAGCAAAGAGGCAGUGACCGGCUCCUGAGGAGGGGCCCAAGGCACCCAGGGGCUCUGCCUCAAUGGGGAAGGGGACUCCAGGCAGAAAACCAGCGAGAGGAGGCCCCGUGGAGGAAGGGAGCACAGCACACCCGAGAUGGGGCAGGAGGCACAGCAGCGGAGCGGGAUCACGCCCACCACAAUACCACACAUGGUCACCUGCUGCGGGCCAGGCAUGUGAGGUCUCCAUGGGUCAUGGAGAACCUCCCUGCUGUGAUCACUGAGGAGCCGACCCCCAUGGGGAGGGGUCCCGUGGGACCCUCAGGAGGGGGCAGCAGCCGGGACCGUGUCCGGAAGGUGGCCACGAGGCCCUCUGUGAGCUGGGAGAAAGCGGGGCCGGAGGAGGCCAAGGCGCCGGGGAGAGGCGACGAGGCUUCUGCCGCCCGUGUGGCUGGGCCGGCCGCUGGGACCCCUCCCUGGCAGAUGGGGGCUUAUCCCACAGACCUGACCCUGCAGCUGCUGGCUGUGCGGAGGAAGAGCGGGCUACAGGACCCUGGCCUACAGCAGACCCUCCGGGGCCAGCUCCGCCUGCUGGAGAAUGACAGCCAGGAGAUGGCCCGCAUGCUCGGGGAAUUAUCAGCCAGGCUGCUGUCGAUCCACAGUGACCAGGACCGGAUCGUGGUGACGUUUAAGACUUUUGAAGAAAUCUGGAAGUUUUCCACCUACCACGCUCUUGGCUUCACUCAUCACUGCCUGGCAAACCUGCUUAUGGACCAGGCCUUCUGGCUGCUCUCGCCCAGUGAGGAGGAGGAGACGGCCAUCCAAGUCCAUGUGGAUGAGAAUGCCUUGAGGCUGACCCACGAGAGCCUCCUCGUCCAAGAAG